GGCGGUGGCGGCGGCGGCAAAAGAGGAGGGGAGGACGGGGGCGGCGUCGGACUGGAGCCGAUCGGCGGUGCGAGCUGUCCGGGGUGCAGUCGUGAGCUCGCCCGCCGGGCCCCCACCCCCGAUCUACACCCUGCGGUGCCCAGCUCUGCCCGCGUCCGUGCCCCCGCGGGGAGCGCGCCGGGGCUGCCCCCCGAAUGACGGGCGGAAGGUUCGACUUCGACGAUGGCGGCACCUACUGCGGCGGCUGGGAGGAGGGCAAGGCGCACGGGCAUGGCAUCUGCACGGGGCCCAAGGGUCAGGGCGAGUACUCUGGCUCCUGGUCACACGGCUUCGAGGUGGUUGGAGGCUACACCUGGCCCAGCGGCAACACCUACCAGGGCUACUGGGCGCAAGGCAAACGGCACGGGCUGGGGGUGGAGACGAAGGGCAAGUGGAUGUACCGGGGGGAGUGGUCACAUGGUUUCAAGGGGCGCUACGGGGUCCGGCAGAGCCUGUGCACCCCCGCCCGCUACGAGGGGACCUGGAGUAACGGGCUGCAAGACGGGUACGGCGUGGAGACCUACGGGGAUGGAGGUACCUACCAGGGCCAGUGGGCUGGAGGCAUGCGGCAUGGCUACGGUGUGCGCCAGAGUGUGCCCUAUGGCAUAGCCACAGUGAUCCGCUCCCCACUGCGGACAUCCCUGGCCUCCCUGCGCAGCGAACAGAGCAAUGGCAGCGUGCUGCAUGAAGCUGCAGCCGCAGCUGCAGACAACCCGGCUGGCACAAGAGGUGGCUUCGUGCUCAACUUCCAUGCGGACACAGAGCUGGGCAAGAAAAAGGGUGGCCUCUUCCGUCGGGGCUCCCUUCUCGGCAGCAUGAAACUCCGCAAAUCCGAAUCCAAGUCUUCCAUCUCCAGCAAGCGCAGCUCGGUCCGCAGUGAUGCAGCCAUGAGCAGAAUCAGUUCUAGCGAUGCCAACUCCACCAUCAGCUUCGGUGAUGUCGAUUGUGAUUUUUGCCCCGUGGAAGAUCAUGUGGAUGCCACUACUACGGAAACCUACAUGGGCGAGUGGAAGAAUGAUAAGCGCAAUGGCUUCGGCAUCAGCGAACGCUCCAACGGCAUGAAGUAUGAAGGCGAGUGGGCCAAUAACAAGAGGCAUGGGUACGGCUGCACUGUGUUUCCUGAUGGCUCCAAGGAAGAGGGAAAAUACAAAAAUAAUAUCCUGGUCCGUGGAAUAAGGAAGCAGCUUAUACCAAUAAGAAAUACAAAAACUAGGGAGAAGGUGGAUAGAGCAAUUGAAGGCGCACAAAGGGCGGCGGCCAUGGCCAGAACCAAAGUGGAAAUAGCAAACUCAAGGACUGCACAUGCCAGAGCAAAAGCCGAUGCUGCUGACCAAGCUGCACUGGCUGCUCGCCAGGAGUGCGAUAUAGCAAGAGCUAUGGCCAGAGAGCUGUCACCUGAUUUCUACCAACCAGGCCCUGAUUAUAUCAAACAAAGAUUUCAGGAGGGGGUAGAUAUUAAAGAAAAUCCAGAAGAAAAGGUCCCAGAAAAGCCUCCGUCACCAAAGGAAUCUCCUCAUUUUUAUCGCAAAGGCACGACACCUCCCAGGUCUCCUGAGGCAAGUCCCAAACAGAGCCACUCUCCCCAGCCUUCCUCCCCAAAGUCCACAAAAACACAAAACCCCAGCUCAGGGACAAGACUCAGUCAAGAUAAACGGAGCCUAGCUGAGGAGCAAGUGACAGCCAUUGUCAAUAAGCCCUUGAUGUCAAAGGCUCCCUCAAAGGAUCUGGGAGCAACCAUGUCCAAGUACUCUGGCCGCCACUAUGUCCCCAACCCCAGCAACGGGGAGCUGCACUCUCAGUAUCACGGCUACUAUGUGAAACUGAACACGCCCCAGCAUCCUCCAGACGACAGGGAGGAUGACAGCGGUGUCAGCCAGUCUUCCUCAGCAUUGGUACCUAGACUGUCACCUAACAAGUGGAGUUCCCCUAAAUCUGUGACAAAACCAGUUGCCAAAGAAAGCAAAACUGAGCCAAAAGCAAAGAAGUCUGAACUUGCUAUACCAAAGAAUCCAGCAAGCAAUGAUACCUGCCCUUCAUUGGAAAAAGAAGCCAAUUCUGGCCCUAAUUCCAUCAUGAUUGUCCUGGUCAUGCUGUUGAAUAUUGGGUUGGCCAUUCUUUUUGUUCACUUUCUGACUUGAUUGGAAUUAGGAAAGGGCCAUUUCCAAAGUUUGGCCAUCAUGAAUAGAGCAGCAGUGAACAUGGUAGAGCAAGUGUUCCUGUGGUAGGAUAAAGUGUCCCUUGGGCACAUCCCCAAGUGUGGUAUAGCUGGAUCCCACAGCAGAUCAGUUUUCAUCUUUUAAGUAACUGUCGUGAUGAUUUCCAUAGUGACUGUCUCAGGCAAACUCAUAAAAAUGUGAAAAAUAUUGAGCAUUCAGUAAAAUCCAUGAUAUUUUCUCCAGAUAAAAGCAAUAAAGUCCUAUUUCAGGAC